AUGGACCAAAUCCAGCAACUUGUCCUCAAUCCACUCAAGCCGUACCUGGUACCCAUCACCACAAACCUCCCCGACCAGGUCAACGAUGUGAUCAUCGGCCUCCUAGGUGAGCGCUGCCACAGCGCGCUCCUGCUCGACGUCGACGUCAUCUCUCACCCGGAAUGCAUGUCGCUGGCGAUUUCCAAGGCAUUGGGGAUCGCCAUCAUCACUGCGGCAUCCAUUGUCAAGGUGCCUCAGAUCAUCAAACUGGUCAAGUCGCAGUCAGCAGAGGGCCUGUCCUUCACGAGCUAUCUGCUGGAAACAGCCAGCUUCGUCAUCAGCCUGGCAUACAACGUCCGCAACGGGUUCCCGUUCAGCACGUACGGCGAGACAAGCCUGAUCGCCAUUCAAGACGUGGUUAUCAGCGUCUUGAUCCUGGUGUACUCGCACAAGACGGCGCAGGCGGGCGCGUUUGUCGCGGCAGUGGGCAGUGCCGUCUAUGCGCUCAUGAUCUCGGAUACACUUGUCAGCGCCAGCCAGAUGACCAGCUUGCAGGCGGGCGCAGGAGCACUCAGCAUCGCCAGCAAAAUCCCCCAAAUUCUCACCAUCUAUCGCCAGGGUGGAACGGGCCAACUGUCGGCGUUUGCCGUCUUCAAUUACCUUGUUGGAAGCUUGAGCCGGAUCUACACUACUCUGCAAGAGGUGGAUGACAAGCUCAUCUUGUACGGGUUCGUGGCUGGGUUCGUUCUCAAUGCGGUCCUGGCUGCGCAGGUGGUCUACUACUGGAAUAGCCCGACAACCGCGGGACAUGGAAAGGAGUUGGAUAACAAGAAGGGUCUCCAGGGCGUGGGCCAGAAGGGAAAUGCUGCAUUGGCCACGGAAGAGAGCAAGUUGAAAGCUGAUUCUGCGACGACGACGGCAAGACCAGGCAGCAGUAGCGGCCGCAGAAGGGGUUGA